CACACCUGCUUUGGGAAGGAAACUCUGGAUUUCUCCCAGGCAGGAGCAGCCAGCUGCCACCCAAGCCUGGUCCCUGUGCUGACAAACCCUGGCACCAGCCACAGCUCCUUAAAGAGAGGGGGAAGUUCCUCCCCAGGGCCAGCACCUGUGCCAGCAGCUUUGCUGUAAAAGCUGCCCCAGGAAGCUGCUGGGCUGCUUGUGAGUGGUGGAGAGAGUGUGAGGCUUUUCAGGCUGCCCGUUCCCGGGAUGGCGGUGGCGCUGGCGGUGGCGCUGGCGGUGGCUCUGGUGCCGCUGGCAGCCGAGGCGGGGAAGGAGCCGCUGCUGAACGUCUGCAUGGAUGCCAAACACCACAAGAGCGAGCCGGGCCCCGAGGGGAAGCUCUACGAGCAGUGCUCCCCCUGGAAGGACAACGCCUGCUGCACGGCCAACACCAGCCUGGAGGCCCACAAGGACCAGUCCUACCUCUACAACUUCAACUGGAACCACUGUGGGGUGAUGCCACCCAAAUGCAAGCGCCACUUCAUCCAGGACACGUGCCUGUACGAGUGCUCCCCCAACCUGGGGCCCUGGAUCCAGCAGGCUGACAGCAGCUGGCGGCGGGAGAGGAUCCUGCACGUGCCCCUGUGCAGGGAGGACUGCGAGCAGUGGUGGCAGGACUGCAGGGACGCCCUCACCUGCAAGGACAACUGGCACAAGGGCUGGAACUGGGCCACAGGAACCAACCGCUGUCCCUGGGGCUCCGAGUGCCGGCCCUUCCACCAGGUGUUCCCCCGGCCCCAGGACCUGUGCGAGAAGAUCUGGUCCGGCUCCUUCAGGUACAGCGCCGAGCGCCGGGGCAGCGGCCGCUGCAUCCAGAUGUGGUUCGACCCUGCCCGCGGCAACCCCAACGCGGCAGUGGCCCGGUACUACGCCGGGACAAGGAGAUCCUCCCCCGGCCAGGAGGGGACCCUGGCUCCCCCGAGCCGCGGCAGCGGGCGGGCUGUGCCCUGGGCCCCGCUGGCCCUGCUGCCCCUGGCGCUGCUGCUGCUCCCCCCGGGGCUGGGGGCUGGGGGCUCCCUGUGACCGCUCUGGGAGGGGGCCGAGCAGCUCUGUCCGUCUGUCCCAGUGCUCAGCACAGGCUGUGUGGCUGGACCACCUCUCUGCUGCCACAGCGGGGAUUUCCCUGCCCCUGCCUCUGGGGAAGAGCAGGGCAGUCUCUGCUCUGCUGUGGGAGCUGCUGCCCAUCUGUGCCCCCCCUUGGCUGAGCUCUGGUGCCUGGAGUUUGGGCUGCUGUGACUCCCUGAAGUGCCUCUGGUAAUAAAGUCUGGUCCUGUUUCA